AUGCCAUGUACAAAAGAUGUGUUAUUACUUCACACAAAACGUGCGUCAUAUCAAGCAUACUUAUGGAGAAAUGCACUCCAAGCAACGCUAUCACCCCCUCCGAUCAGUGAGUUUGGUUUGGAGAUCAACGAUGGAAAUGUUCGAGUGAAGUGGAUGACUGCCAGCAGCUCCAGAUGGAAUUGUCGAGAAUGUUAACUGUGGAUGCAAAUCAGGCUGUUCAACAAGGAGAUGCGCGUGUGUGAAGGCAGAAUUGAAGUGCCAGUGUCUGUGUGCCUGCCGUGAUUGUUUGAACAUCGAAGGCGAUGGAAACAAGAUAGCAGACGAUGAUGAUGAUGAUUAUGAUGAUUAUGAUGAUUUCGAUGAUGAAAUUUUCGAACAGCAGAGAUGUUUUGAAAAAGAGAAAAGUGCCUGGAGUCAGGUAAUGACCUGUCGUAAUACCUCGAACGAGUUGCGGUCCAGUGUAGGUCGAGGUUGUAUGAAUAACAUGGUGUAA